GCUUGGUGUUUGUGGAUUUCUUUGUAAGUUUCUGAUUUCCUACUUGCCCAAAAGGUGUUUGUUAAAAUGCUUGUGAGGAAGUAGUUUGUUGUUUGGUUCCAUCUGCUGCACUUUUACACUCACAGGGGUGCUUGUGAGUUUUUUCUUUGAGAAUCAACUUUAGAGCAGAGAACUUAAGUGGUAAAUAGCCUGCCUAAUUAACCAUCCCAAGCAUGAGGUUUAUUGUUUAUUUUAGCUUUUUAAGUCAUGUAAUCAAGAAGGUAGGGGAAUGGACUGUAUAGACCGUGGCAUAGCAGGGGGAGAAGAACACUUAAAAGCUAUGGAUGAUUUAGUUGCCAUAUCAUUAAAAUGCAUUCGUCCAGUUAACAAAAGGCCUAGCAUCAGACAAGUCCUUGAUGAUCUGAGUUCCAUUUGUGUGUGAUGAAGCUGUGUUUUAUUUUGUACAUGUGUAUGUGAUUUGUCUCUUGGGUUGUGGUGGUAAUUCUUUCUCAUGAGUUUUAUUUUUUAAACCAAUUGGUUGGUUCAGUUGCCGUUUAAUAGUAAAAAAAAGCUUUUUAAGUCCUCCUCUCUAUACUUUUCAGGAUUAGCCAAAACAUAUUUAGUGGGCUGAUCUGGACCUUUUCAAUAUGGGGUCUUAAUCUUUAUUAUAUGGGGUAGUGUCUUAUUAAGUUAAUAAUUAAUGAUAAGUGAACAAUGGUUAUGUGUAAUAGUUCAAUUGAUAGAAAAUGUUUGUAAAUGUUAUUUCUGUUUUAAUAUGUUUAAUAGUAUCUUUUCGUAUUGUAUUUGGUUUAUUAAAGUGCUUGUAAAUUGAUAUUUGUAAUGGAAAUAUAAAGUACUGGGGGUUAUAUGCAAUAGUUCAGAACCUAAGAUUGUUACAUGGCUUUUUUUUGUACUAUAUGCCAUUUUAUUGCUGUUUCUUUUUCAACCAUUCAGUAAUAUUGUGACUUAGUUGUUUUAGUUUGUUACGUUCCAUGUUUAUUUGGAAAAACUUUAGACCUCUCUCAGUUGAAAACUUUACUUAUUUUAAGUUUAGUUUAGUUUACAACACAUUUUUAAGGUAAUAAUUCUCUUGCUACAUUGUUAGCUAUACUUUUAUUUCUUUCAGUUAUAACAUUUUUUAAAAUAUCUAUAAUUUGUUAUUUUGAGUUUUAGAUGGCUCCUCUACGAAAGAAAAGUAUAGAUGAUUCUCAAAGCGGUGAACAUGAUAAUACAAUUGAAAACAAAGCCGGACGAGUUACUUGGUCAAAAAACUCACUUCACGUCCUUUGUGAUCUUUGUAUUAAGCAUGUUGAAAAAAGUAAAGGAAAAAAUGGUGGAGUUGUAUCUCAAAGAUUGGUGUGGAAGAAAAUUGAGUUGGAUUUUCUAAAGGAGACUAAGUUACCAUGGGAUAAAAUGAAAUUGAAAAACAAGCUUGAUUCGAUGAAAAAAGGGUGGAGCUUGUGGAAACAAUUGAAGGGAAAAGAAACAGGCUUGGGAUGGGAUCAUGUGAAGGGAACUAUAAGUGCUUCUAGUGAUUGGUGGGCUUUCAAAAUACAGGUUGGUUCUAUUUAGUCAAAUAUGUUAGUACAAUAGCUUGAAUAGAAAUACAACAUUUGUUCAUUUUUUUAAUAGGAAAAUUCUAAGUUUGAAUCAUUUCAAGACGAAGGGAUUGAGCCCGAGCUUGAAUACAAAAUGGAUCAAAUCUUUGCAACGUCCGCCCAAGGAAAUCUAAAGUACACUCCAGGAAAUAUCAUCUCAGAAGAAGAUUUGCAUGUGGAUGUUGAUGAUGUUUAUACUCCUUCCCUACCUACUGAUAUUCAUCAUGAUAUGGGUGCUGGAGAGGAAGAGAAUAAUGAGGGUGGAAACUGUACAACUAAUGCAUCAUGGGAUGAUUUGUGGAGUGAGCUUACCCCUACGUCUUUAUCUCCUUCCGAGCAUAUCCCUCAGAGCUCACAAAUUGAAAGAGAUGAGAGAAGGAAAGGUAAGAGGCCACUUGAAGGUGAUUCAUCACAAAGCAGUAAAAGUGGCAAAACAAAUCAAACAAAAAAAACAGGGAUGGCGGCAUUUCAAGAAAUGUUUGGUGGCAUGAUGGAAGUGGUUUCGAAAAGGGGUGAAUCAAUCAACGAAAUUACUAAUUUAAUGAAAGAUAUGAUUAAAGCCAAUUCAAGUAAGAACACUUCAGAAUACAGUCUUGGAGAAGCAAUGGCAAAACUGUGUUGCUUGGAUGGUCUAUCUACCACUUCUCCCGAGUUUUUCUUUGGUUGUUCAAUGUUUGAAGAUCCGCAACGACGGACAAUUUUCUUUUGUUUACCGGAUGACAAUAGUAGGGUUGAGUACAUCAAGUUUAUGUACAAUAAGUUAGGGAACUAAAUUUGUUUGGAUGUUUAUGAGCUUUUACCUUAGACAUUUAAUUUUCUUAUGCUCGUUGGAAUGUUAAUUUUUUCCUCUUUUAAACAAUGUUGGAAUAUUGUGAACUUUAGAUAUCGUAUUUUCUUAUGUUAUAAUUUAUAUUAUUUACUAUAUUAUAUUAUUGCAUAUUGCAUCAUUUAUUUUUACUUGUAUACAUGUAGGUAUGGAUAAUGGCAAUAUGGAAAUGGCACGACUUCUUUUAUGCUUAGAGUAUUUGAGCGAAGAAGAAGAAUUCUUGGAUAUGGUUGCUUGUGUAUCUACAUGUCUUAGUUCCUAUUUUGUGAACCAUUUAUACAAAGAGCCAUGCAUGACUUCGUAUUUAACAGGAGAAAUGUGGAUCAAUGAAUUAUUGAGUGGUCAUGAUAAAAGGUGUUUUAAUGCCUUUAGAAUGCAUCAAGAAACAUUUCGCCAUUUAUGCUUUGAUCUAGAAAAUAAGUAUGGCUUAAGACCUUCAUAUAGGAUGUCAGUUUUGGAGAAGGUUGGUUUAUUUGUAUUUGUACUAAGCAAAGGAGCUUCCAAUAGAGAUACUCAAGAGCGUUUUCAACAUUCCGGUGAAACGGUGAGUAGAAUUUUUAAGGAAGUCUUGAGCGCGAUGGAUGGAUUUUCAAGAGAUUUAAUUGUACCAAAAGAUCCAGAAUUCAAGGAUGUUCCAAUA